AUGGCUCACAGCACAGCAAACACUAGCGGGGGCAGCACUGGCGAAAAGGCUCCCCGCGACGCCCUUCCAUCAAGCUCUGAGAAACUGGGUAAAAGUAAUGUUUUUCCUGGAGAAAUAAACAACGAGGAGGUUGUUGGCUAUGUCAAAGAGUUUGCUCCGGCAAAAGGGGGGAUCGAGCUGUAUCCUAAACCGACGGAAGACCCCCUUGAUCCGCUGAACUUUUCAAGAAUAGAAAAAUGGACGAUCUUAGGGAUUGUAAUGUGGAUGUAUUUCCUCUUCACGUACAUCACGACAACGACCGUUCCAUCCUUCCCCCUUCUUCAAGAGCAGUAUUCAAUAUCAUACUCCCAGGUCAACUGGACCGUCGCCAUCCCAGCACUUGGACUCUCACUAGGCCCCUUAUUCUGGUCGUCCCUCGCAGAUAUAUAUGGUCGGCGUAUAAUUUUCAUUACAGGGACGAUAAUGGCGUUUAUCGCGACCAUUGGAUCUGCCGUGGCACCCACCUAUGAGCGGUACAUGGCUGCAAGAUUUUUCCAGGGUUUUGGUGUUAGUCCUGCAGCGACUGUCGGCAUGGCCAUUGUGAAUGAUUUAUUUUUUGAGUACGAGAGAGGUCAAAAGCUAGGCCUGUGGGUGCUUGCACUGGACAUGGGACUGUUGAUUGGACCGUUGAUUGGUGGUUUUGUAUCCUUAGUGGACCAAUACUGGGUAGCCUGGCUCACAGCAAUUCUCUUUGGCGUCCUUUUAGUUGCGGAAAUAUUCUUUUUGCCGGAAACUUUAUAUCCCCGUAAGUUGAUAUUAUCACGUCUCCCAACAACCACAACGGAGGUUGGUUUGGGUGAUGAUCCCGAAAAGACUUCGGCGAAGGUUUCUUUAGAUAUUAAGCGAACUAAGAACCUUCCUUUCGUUAACUUUACGAAGAUUGCUGGGAUUGAGCAUCCUAAACCUUGGGACGCUUUUAUGCAAUUCUGCAAGCUUUGGUCCUUCCCAAACAUAGCUGUUUCAGUCUUCUUUUAUUGUUUUGCUUGGUAUUGGUGGGUGUUGUCAGUCAUUACAUACCUCCCAGUUGCAUAUCCACAAUACGCCGCCAAUAUUCAAGGGCUCCUCUUUCUCGGAUUGAUUCUUGGAACUCUGAUAUGCGAAAUUUUUUGCUCUGGUACAUUGAGCGACCGGAUAGUCUCGUUGUUAGCUAAGAAGAACAAUGAUGUCCGUGUUGCAGAAAUGCGACUUUGGCUAGUAUAUCCUGCUGUAAUUAUAACCGCUGUGGGUUUAAUUCUGUGGGGAAUCAGUGUCGAUAAAGGCCACCACUGGAUGGUUGGCCAGGUUGCGCUUUUCCUCUUCGCAGCAGGAAUCCAGAUCGGCAACACUGCCAUUUCCGCCUACAUAGUCGACUGUUAUCCAUCGCACGCAAUUGCUGCAAAGAUAUGGACUGCAGUGGAGGACAGCGAGGGGUGA